GGCCGCACUACCCCUGCACACACACUUCAGGAUUUACAUGAUGUGGCAAGCAGGAGUUGCCUGCCUGGCAUUGCUGGUUCUGCCGGCAGCUAGCAAGGAUCUUGUGGAAGUUCGGGAGGAGGAACUUCCUCAGGCGCAGGAACCUGAUCUCAUUAACUACGACGAUUACAAUCCUUUUGGUGAGGAUGAAAAUGCUAUAAUUGCCGAACGAGAUUUCAGCCGCUCCACAGCUAGUAAUGUUUGUCUUUUUUUGAUUAUUAAUAUUACUCCGACAACAGGACCGCUGAGUAGAUGCUUGGAUAUGGGACGCGCAUUCUCAGAUGGGGAGACGUGGAAGAGGGACAACUGCACUCUCUGCCAAUGCUAUAGCAGCCGCGUUAACUGCUCCGUACUGCCUGCGUGUUUACCUCCACCCCGGCCCAGCCCUGUUGCUCCACCACCGCCUCCCGUGAGGGGAGCCACUGGUGAACAGGGUACUGAUGGCCCGCCCGGCCCACCCGGCUCUCCUGGUGUUAACGGAGUACCCGGCGCUCCUGGUAUACCGGGGUCUAUUGGAGCCAUGCCUGAUGUGAACGCGUAUUUGGCUCAGUUGGCGGCAGCGGCUGGCGGCGAUAAAGGCCCUGCAUUCGACCCCUAUCACUAUAUGCAAGCUUCUGUCGGUUCUCCGGGAAUUAGAGGAAUAACAGGUCCCCAAGGUCCGCCCGGCCCGCAAGGUUUUCAAGGCCCCCGAGGAGAGCCUGGUGAACCGGGGCUUCCUGGACCACUGGGCCCCCCAGGAGAGCGAGGACCACAAGGACCACCUGGAAAAGAUGGCUCUCCCGGUGAAGAUGGUGAGCCCGGCCCCGCAGGAGUGGCGGGUCAAGCUGGUCCUCGAGGUAGCCCAGGGAUACCAGGUAUCCAAGGUUUGAAGGGUCAUCGCGGUUUUGACGGCAAAGACGGCGUAAAAGGUGAACAAGGUCUACCAGGUGAAAAGGGACCAUCUGGGCUGCCUGGGCAAAUGGGACCACCAGGGCCGUUGGGUCCCGUUGGACCGCGAGGUGAAAGAGGACGUGAAGGCUCCCCUGGUUCUCCUGGCAUGCGAGGUGUUGAUGGAACUCCAGGUCCACCAGGAAUUAUGGGAAACGUCGGAAAACCUGGUUCACCAGGAUUUCCCGGUUCACCAGGCCUUAAAGGAGAACUAGGCAUAGCUGGACCUAAGGGAAGCCAAGGUAUGCAAGGUCCUAGGGGUGAAUCUGGGCGACCUGGCCAACCCGGAGAAAUUGGACCAACUGGCUUAGCUGGACGGGAUGGCAUACCAGGUGAAAAAGGUGUGCAGGGUCAAGCUGGAUCAUCUGGACCUCAAGGCUUUCCAGGUCCUAGAGGAAUGCCUGGAGUAGCGGGUGAUCCAGGCAUACAUGGAGCGAAGGGUAUACCGGGUCAACCGGGUGAACGCGGAGUCAAAGGUGAAACUGGUAUGCGCGGAGAGACAGGAGCUCCGGGACCACGUGGUAUGCCAGGAACCCUAGGACCAGAAGGCAAACGGGGAAAGAGAGGAUUGAGAGGGCCGGCUGGCAAUAUAGGACCGCAAGGAGAAAGGGGCUUGCAGGGGUUAAGAGGCUUGCCUGGUGCAGAUGGUCCAUUAGGUCCUAAAGGCCAAGCUGGUGAAAGAGGAAGUGUAGGUCUUCCUGGGCCUAAAGGCAGUACUGGUGACGCAGGGAGGCAUGGUCCACAGGGACUGCCAGGACCAAGAGGAAUGAUUGGAAGACCGGGAAUAACUGGCAAGUCGGGGUCACCUGGUGAAAGAGGUAUACCCGGUGCCGACGGCAGGCCAGGUGAACAAGGGCCACAAGGGUUACAGGGACAACCAGGAUUAAUAGGUAGCCCAGGAGAAAGAGGAUUGCAGGGUGAACAUGGUAAAGACGGCGAUGUUGGCCAACCUGGACCAUCAGGUCCCAAAGGUGAUGCGGGGCGUGACGGUAGCCCUGGUGCCCAAGGUCCUCAAGGCCCCGUUGGGGCUACUGGUGAAAGGGGUCCGACUGGUCCCACUGGACCUACUGGUUUCCCUGGAAUGCCUGGAAGUGCAGGUUUAUCCGGCUCUCCGGGAAAAGAUGGAGAACCUGGUGUAUCUGGACCAGCUGGACCACCUGGACAAGCAGGGCCACGGGGCGAAAGAGGAUUUUCUGGGGAAAGAGGCAUUCCUGGACAACCAGGUACAACAGGAGAAAAAGGUGAAACAGGCGCCCAAGGUCUUGAUGGGCCACCGGGUUCAGAAGGUCAACGAGGCAGUAAAGGCCACCCUGGUCCGAUGGGGGCUAUGGGAAUGCCUGGUCCACGUGGGCUUACUGGUUUAUCUGGUGAGAAGGGAGAACGAGGUUCAGCUGGUCCUCAAGGCCCUGAAGGGCCGACAGGUCGUCAGGGUGAACAAGGUCCACAAGGUCCAGUGGGACCCACCGGGCCACCGGGUGAACCAGCUGAAAGGGGGGAACCAGGUGUACCAGGAAUUCCUGGUGAACCUGGAGCUCAGGGAUCUACUGGCGAACGUGGUCAACCUGGCCAGCAAGGAUCUUCAGGUCUACCUGGUCCACCAGGAUUAACAGGCAUGCCGGGAUUGAAAGGAGAUAGAGGAUACGCUGGGGCUAAAGGACAACAAGGAACGCCAGGAAGUCAAGGUAUCCCGGGAGAAGCAGGCCAGCGAGGAUUGCCAGGGCAAGUAGGAGCUAAAGGUGCUCGAGGUGAACAAGGGCUCAAAGGCGAUAUUGGGCAUAUGGGACUAGCGGGCCGACCGGGAGAUCUGGGACCGCCUGGACCUCAAGGAAGCCAGGGUCCAGCAGGAACGCCUGGGACUCCCGGCGGAAAAGGAAGUACUGGGGAUUCAGGAAGACCUGGUCCUACUGGACCUCAGGGUUUGACUGGUCCCCAAGGACUUGAGGGAGUGAAGGGCGAGAGAGGCAGUGAGGGUGAUACUGGGCCGCAAGGGCCACCUGGUUCCGCUGGUCCAGCUGGAGAGAGGGGCCCUAGUGGUAUGCCAGGCUUAGUUGGUGCACCUGGAGCCCAAGGAUUGAGAGGUGUACAGGGCGAAAGUGGUGCUCCUGGCAAACCUGGUACGGAUGGGACACCUGGACUUACUGGAGCUCCCGGUUUGCAAGGACCUCCGGGGCCUAUGGGUGAACCAGGUCCAGAAGGUCGCCCGGGUAAGCUUGGUCAGCCGGGUAUACCGGGACGACCAGGAGAUAAGGGGCCGGUGGGUCAACCAGGGCAGUCUGGACCUUCAGGGCCUCCAGGAAUACAGGGGCCGCCUGGAUCUUCAGGGCCACCUGGACCCUCUGGUGAAAGAGGACCAAGAGGAGAAUCGGGACCACCAGGUGUUGAAGGAAGACAGGGUCCCUCAGGAAAGCAAGGUCCACCUGGAAUGGAAGGAGUCAAAGGAGAACGGGGAGAAUCUGGGAACGAUGGCGCUAAAGGACACGCGGGUUUGCCCGGAUUGCCAGGCAUGGUUGGUGCCCAAGGUAGAACUGGUGACAGAGGACUACCAGGGCCGAUGGGACCGCCAGGAAAAGAUGGUGAUUCGGGACCUCGAGGUUCACCUGGUCGUGACGGAAGCGUUGGUCCGCAAGGUCCUGCAGGGCCACCUGGAAGUCGUGGUUCCCCGGGUGAACCAGGGCGGCAUGGUACCCCCGGAGUUGCCGGUCCGCCAGGGCCUCCAGGACCAGCGGGAGAAGGUCUUGCUUACGAUGCUGCUGCUAUUGCUGCUAUGCUCCAACAAGGUUCCAUUAAAGGCCCAGAUCCGUUAGGCGAUGAUCCCAACAUAAUGCCUCCAAGAUUCUUCAAAGACGAUAUGACAGCGGCGGAAAAGAAGAACAUCGUGAUGAAAGCCUAUGAACGUCUCAAAGUUUCUCUUGAUAAAUUCCUAAAACCAGACGGAUCGAAGGAGGCUCCUGCUAAGACAUGCGGCGAUAUUUUAUAUCAUCAUCCUGAAUAUGAAAGUGGUCAGUACUGGAUUGAUCCCAACGGCGGAGACAUAAACGAUGCGAUACUGGUGCAUUGUGAUAUGCCAAAUGGUGCAAGCUGCGUCUUCCCUAAGCCAAUGAUGUCUGAGGAGUUAACACACACCGGCAAGAACGAGGCAUGGCUUAGUGAAGUGGAUAACGGAUUUACGAUCUCCUACAAGGCCGAUCACAGCCAGCUUACCUAUCUCCAGCUCUUAUCGAUGAAGGCAGUUCAAAACGUGACCCUCCAUUGCCGCAACACGGUCGCCUACUACGACCCUGCGACGCGGAACUACAAACACGGUGUUAAGUUGCUUGCUUACACCGACGCGGAGAUUUUACCGAAAGCUAAUAACAGGCUCAGAUAUAAGGCCCUAUUAGAUGAGUGCCAGUACAAGAAAUCAGAAUGGGCGAAAACCAUAGUCCAGUAUGAAUCGGACAAGCCUGGUCGACUUCCACUCCUGGACGUAGCAGUGAGGGACGUUGGAAGACCACAACAGAUGUACAAGAUCGAACUGGGUCUUGCGUGCUUUAAAUAG